ACAGAUAAAACUAUAAGCCCUCAAUUAGGGUUUUUGGGUUCAAAGCGAACAACAAUGGUGUUAUCAAACAAGAAGCUAAAGCAGAAGCUGAGAGCUGUGAAGGCUGAGGCUUUAGUAUCCAAAGUGUCUAAUGGACCCGAACGAGAUAGCAAAAACGGAUCUUUAGGAAACCCAGAGUCGAACUCGCAGCUUCAAGAGCUUCUAGAGGCAGCAAAACAGAGACAAAGAUUGUCAAAGAGAGAACAAAGAAGAAAGACUCAAUCGUUACAAGGGAUUGAUAGUGAAAACAAGAGCCAAGCUGGUGAUAAUGGUGAAGAGGACAAGAAAGUUGAAGACAUAAGGGAAGGGGAUUUGUUAGUGGGUGAGGACGGUGAUGGUGAAAGUAGUGAAAAGAAGAUAAAGACGAAGAAGAGGAAGAGAAAGAGGGAGGAGGGAGAGAGUGAAAAGAAGGGUUUAGAGGAAGACGUAGAAGUGAAGGAGGCAAAGAAGGCGAAAAAGAAGAAGAAGAAGAAGAAGAAGAAGAAGACUAAGAAGAAGACGAAGGCAAAAACUGAGGAGGAGAAGGCCGGUGGUGAGGCAGAAGGGGUUGUAGAGGCAGCAAAAGUGGCCGGAGAAAGUAAAAUAAGUGAGGAUAUUGCUGACAGAGUUUAUGUCGGAGGCAUUCCAUACUAUUCGACUGAGGAUGACAUUCGUAGUUUCUUCGAAGGCUGUGGUACCAUAACCGAAGUUGAUUGUAUGACAUUUCCUGACAGUGGGAAGUUUAGGGGAAUUGCCAUCAUUAGUUUCAAGACUGAAGCUGCUGCCAAACGAGCCUUGGAUCUUGAUGGAUCUGACAUGGGCGGGUUUUAUCUGAAAAUUCAGCCUUACAAGACAACUAAAGUCAACAAGGAACCCAAUUUUGCACCAGGAAUUGUGGAGGGUUACAACAGGAUCUAUGUUGGAAAUUUGUCUUGGGAUAUAACUGAAGAUGACCUGAAGAAAUUUUUCUCAGAUUGCAAAAUAUCAUCUAUACGUUUUGGUAUGGACAAGGAAACAGGGGAAUUCCGUGGUUAUGGCCAUGUUGAUUUUUCUGACAAUGACUCGCUGGUGAAGGCACUAAAGUUGGACCAGCGGAUUGUCUGCGGGAGACCCAUCAAGAUAAGCUGUGCGGUUCCAAAGAAGGGAGGAAAACUCCAGGAAAACCAAAAUCAAAUAGUUGAAGAAGCAAAAAUUCAAUCAACUGCUAUGCCUAUGAUUACAAGUGAUGAAGUUAAUAACGGUGUGCCAAGCAUUAGCAGUGGUAAGAUUAAGAGGAGGACCUGCUAUGAGUGUGGUGAAAAGGGGCAUAUUUCUACGGCUUGCCCAAAGAAGCUAACUGCUGAUCCAACAGAUUCCAAUACAAGUUAAAUAAGUGGGGAUUCUUUUCCCUUUUUUUUUAAUUUGUUUUUUUUUCUUAUUUACUCAGCUAGGCAAAGAGUUUUACUUAUUUUUUUUUAUAAAAAUUUGUUGGAACUCUUUGACGUCUCAUCAGUUUGGACGAGUCAUAGACGCUAGCUGUUACAUUUUUGUAUUCCAAGUUCAUCUGUUAAAUCAGUCGAAUUGAAUGCCCUGGAUCAUUACUCAAUGUUUUUUCGUUAAAAUUCAAUAUCAAAUUCCGUUGCUCA